GCCGCCCCUGAGUGAGUGGGGAGGAGGACUUGGCAGAAUUAGCGCUAUGACACCCAGCGCCUUGGACAAAUGUAGUAUCACCUAACUAACCCUCUGUAUUGUUCCAACUCGGAUGCUCUAUGAGUCACCCUUCCCCGUGUCCAGACUAAGCGUCCCCCAGUGAGGAAAUAAAAUGCAAGGUAGGGGUGGGUGGGGGACAAAAGAGCAGAAGUCAUGUGAGAAUCGGGGUGGUGAGGGGACGGCUCACCAGAGGGCAGAAAUGUCCAUUUAGGGGCAUCCUCCUGCAGGAUGCUGGUGAGAAACCGCUCUCCCCACCACAAGAAACUUUACAUCUUGCUAAGAUGCCAGGACAAUGUCGCAUUUCCAGGACUUUUAUAUCCCCCAACAGAAAUGUGAAUAGAGAUUGCCCCAUAGGCAACAGUCCCAUUUUAAAGUAUGCUAUCGCAUUGUCCCCCAGAGCCUGCUUUAACUUGUCACAUCAUGUGUUCCGCUUGGUACGGAAGACGCAUUUACUGUGCCCAUAGGUGGCUGGGCAAAUGCCCAAUUGCUCCCUGAAGCAGCUUCAUUAUACAACCUCUACAGCUGCCCCCUAGCCUUCCCUCCUGUCACACCAAAACACCCAGACCCAGAGAGUAGCACACACGCCCAGACACCUAGCACUCAGCCCAAAACCUAGCACUCAGAUAUGACACACAACAUACAGCCAUGCAUAAAGAUAAGUACAUUCCUACACCAUGAAUGAUACACAAGGAGCCCCCGCCCGAACACAUACCGCUCAGGUUGCCGGCAUCACAUGGAUCCAGCCAACAAGCACCACUAACACCCUCUCCCACAAGCACGUCGCUUUUGAACUAUCUUUCCUUGGAUCAAGUUCAAGGGGAUGGAGAAAUGGUGAGAGCCAUCAGCUGCCCUUUCCCUCCAAUUUCCCAGCACAUCUUUUAUCACCAUCUCACACUUUACCUCUGGCCCCCUCUUCCUUCCUUCCUUGUGCUUGAAGAAUCCCUUUGUGCUGGAAAGCCCCCUGGCUUCUCAUCCUCCCUUUCCACCUUCAGAAAAACACGGUCCCCACCUUUUUCCUUUCCGGAGUGUGGGUCCUCACCAGCAGACUCCAAUCUCAAAACAGGAAGCCCCUGGGGUCAGUGCCAUAAGUGGUCCUGGGGCUCAGACAGGCGGUGGGCGUGGGGUAAGCACUUCCUGAAUGCACUGCCCGCCCCAUGGCCCUGCCCAGGGCUGAUGGCCUUCAUUAGUCCCUGGCGCUUAUCUUGGAACCACAGCCACUGACAGAACUACCCCAGCCCAUCUCUCUGCCCGCCCUGCUCCCAGCAGCGUCAUGGGGAACUGUCUUAACCCGGUGGCUGAUGACAAUUCCACCAUGUUGGCCUUUAAAGAAGAAUUUUUGAGUGACUUUCCGGAGGACUACUAUCCAGACUAUAAUGAGACCGACGUGGAAGCAGCUGCGCCCUGCCACUCCUGCCCACUGCUCAACUACUCCUCACUGCCCUUCUUCAUCCUUGUCAGCGUCCUGGGCAUCCUGGCUAGUGGGACCAUCCUCUAUGCUCUUCUCAGACCUUUGUUCCGCUGGCAGCUCUACCAGGACAGGUCUACCCUGGUGCAACUGGCCGUGGGCAGUGCCCUCUUCAGCAUCGUGGUGCCCAUCCUGGCACGGGAGCUCAGUGGGGCUUUCAUCACCUUCCUGUGCCACCUGGCUCACUUGGUCGCCUAUGGCUCAGCCUUUGCUCAAGCUCUGCUGAUAGGGUACCAUGCCUGCCUGGGCCCCCAGCUGGGUGCAGGCCAAGUCCCAGGCCUCAGACUGGGGGUCACUGUGGGACUUUGGGGAGUGGCUGCCCUCCUGUCACUGCCAGUCGUGCUGGGCAGUGACACUUCCCAAGGACGCUGCACCGUGACCUUCAGCGGGGAGUGGGAAACGUUGCGGUACAUACACGCUGCAGCCUGCUUUGCCAUUUUUGUCUUAUUGCCACUGGGUUUGUUGGGAACCAAGGGGCUGAAGAUGGCGCUGGGCAGGGCACCGUGCCCAUGGUUUGAUGUCCUGUGGGUCUGGUUCAUUUUUUGGUGGCCUCAGGGCAUGGUUCUGGGAUUGGACUCCCUAGUGAGGUCCAAGGCCAUAGUGGUGUCAACAUGUCCGGCCCAGCAGGCCCUGGACAUGCUGCUGGAUGUGGCAGAAGCCCUGGCAAUAUUGCACUGCGUGGCUACACCCCUGCUCCUUGCCUGGGUGUGCUACCAGGCCACUCGCACCUCCCCACCCUCCCUGCCUCUGCCUACAACACAGACUUCUCAUCUGGACACCCUUGGAGGCAAAUCCUAGCUCUCUGCCCACCUGUCAACCUGAAUUAAAGUCUACGCUGUUUUUAUUUUA